UUUACUUCUAAAUCAUUAUUAUAAUAUCUCUUUUUGUCUCAAAAUUGUAUUUAAUUUUACUUGCGAUUUUGUAUUUGCUCUUCCAUCCUCCAUACUUAGGUCUGACAUAGGCGUUUUUUCUUGCACACUCCCAAAUUUGUCUACAACAAGCAGUCGAUAGCUUUUGUAUCUUUGGACUGAUUAAUUAUUAUAUUUUUUGGAUAAAAGAAUGUUAGUAUUGUUUGGUCAACCAGAAAACUGGCACGAGCAAGACUUUCGUGCAGUUGAUGAUCGAGUCCGCGGAGGAUCAUCAACCAGCCAUUUAACUGCUGAGAAAGAUAACGAUAGCAACUCUUAUGCUAGAUUUUGGGGUACUUUGGACACGAAAACUCUUGGUGGUGCUGGAUUCGCAAGUCAAGCUACAAACAUCCCUAACCGUAAAUGGAACUUGAGAGAGUUUGAUGGAAUAGAGAUUAAUAUUGCAAAGAGCGACAAUUUCAAAUACACAUUUAUUAUUAAAGAUGAUCAUCAGAAUAAGGACGAGCAUGAGCGCUCUACUUUAUCGUAUGAAUAUGACUUUUGUCCAGGCUUUUCGAAAGAGGACCAAAGUAUUUACAUGCCAUUUUCCGAGUUUCAGCCUACCUUUAGAGGUCGUCCAGUUGAAGGAGCCCCUCCCUUGGAUACUAGUCAAAUCGUACAGUUUUCAUUUAUGAUUCGAAGCUUUUUUGAUUCUCAAAGCGGCGAUUUCGAAUUGCUUUUAAAGAGCGUUCGUGCUAAACCAAAGCAUGCUUUCCAAGCUAGUCAUUUUACAGAGAAAGAAGCUUAUAGUAUUGAAGAGAAAUCUGACACAGGUUUUUGUUCUUAUUGCUUGUGCCAGUGAGUUCGUAUGCUUUAUGAUGAUGAUUGUUACGAGUUGUUUAUGAAUGGUUGCUACGAUUGUAGUCUUAACGAAUAUAUAAGCUUGUGUUUUAAUAAAUAAUAUUCCGUUUCAGGCCUUUUCUAUUCCGUAAGCGAGAGGAACACAAAGUCCAACUUGCAAUCCUGAAAAAGUGAGACUUAGCAAGCAGCUUGAUUAAAAUGGUUAAAACUACUUCAUAGCCAUCAAUACUCAAUAAACUGUUGAGUAUAGAUAUGAACCGCUGACCGACUCUAGACAGCUAUUUGAGUUUGACCCAUCGAUACAAUCUAGGUAUCAUCGUGUUUGGAAACUUUUCAUAUGUUUUGCAGCUUGAAGUCAAAAGGACUUAUAUGUCCAACGUUCUUGGUACCUAAGGUUUUUUUAGAAUACUAAAGGAUGACUGAUAAUAGAUACUCGUUUUGUCUGGAAAUUUUAACAAAUGAGUAUAAAGCUCCCUCUACUGCAUAAUUAACUGUACAUAGCUAGACGAGUAACUGCAAUUGAGUCUUAUGAUAAUUAUAUGCGAUCAAUAAGGAAAGCAAACUAAAGAGAUAUAUACUUCAUAAAAAAAAUUUUAUGUUAAGUUAACGAAAAUGAAAAUAAUAGUUAUUUCUGUUGGUGAAUAUACUACCCUUUGUGGGAUAAGGUGAAUUUUCUUGUCAAGAUCAGAUUUAUAAAUGUCUUUAUUGUACAUUAUCAUUUUCAUAUAUAGUUAACGAUUACAAUUGUACUUGCAAUCAACUAUUUUGAUUUUUUGAAUGGAUUUUAUUUGUGAA